AUGACUAAGAUCACUCACUGCUUCCACACGGGCAAAUCGUCAUUCCUCGACUCCGAUUUCUUGAGCUUCGUUUUUCAGCUUUCACUUAUUCAGAUUCUCGAUUUAGGGUUCUUUUUCUCUUCGCCAUUGUUGCUGCUGCCGUCUGCGUUCCUCGUCGCCGGUGUUAUUGCCGCCGCAUUCGUCGCCGGUGCUGCCGCCGCCGCCGUAGAUCGGAUGAGUUGUUAUCGCUUCAAUUUCGUGAUCUCCCUCCAACGUUCAUUUUCGGAGAACCUAGACCCCUUUUAUGAACGAUAA